UCCGAGAAUAAGGAACUAACCAACUAAACCCUUUAAAAACCUAACACCUUCACUUCCAGGCUCCAGCAGUCAGCAGCCCAGGCCUUUAAUUUGUUCUUCAUCUCUACUCAAUCAUGGAGAUGGAAGGUCUUGAAUUGCAAGAUGAAUUACUUCUCGAAGACGACGAUUUCUGCACUUCAAUCCUCAAUCAAUUCAGCAAUUCCAAUGACGAACAGCAUCUCCAUCUUUGUUCCAUUAUCGGCGCAAUGUCACAAGAACUCAAAGACCAAAACGUUACUCUUUCUCCUAUUGCUUAUUUUGGUUCCAUUGUUGCUUCCCUUGAUCGUCUUUCUGUCUCCUCUUCUUCUUCUUCGAACCCUAACUAUACUGUUAAUGCGCUUCUCACUUUGCUUUCUAUGAUUAUGCCGAGAAUCUCGGUUGGGAUUUUGAGGAAGAAGAAGUUGUUAUUGCUGGAGUUAUUGGUUAGGGUUCUACAGCGUGCUGAAUCUUUUUUGUCUGAUGGUGUUGUAUCGGGUUUGAAUUGCGUUUCGGGAUUGUUGGUAAUUAGAGACUCUUUGAAUUGGUUGGAGAUUAAGCAGUUUUAUGGAUUUCUUCUUGGUUUUGUCACUAAUUCGGAUUCUAAGGUGAGGAGGCAAUCACAUACUUGUAUUCGAGAUAUUUUGCAAAGCUUUCAGGGAACACCAUUGUUGGUACCUGCAAGUGAAGGGUUUACGAACAUGUUUGAGAAAUCGCUACUUCUUGCUGGAGAAUCAAAAGGUGCUACUGCUGAGAAAGGAGCUCAGGAGAUCUUGCAUGUCCUUGAAGCUCUUAAAGAUUUUCUUCCCUAUAUCUCAAUGAAAUACAAGACUGUCAUUUUGAAGUACUACAAAACCCUUUUGGGUGUACGUAAGCCCCUUGUCACAAGGCGUAUAACAGAUAGUUUGAAUAUCCUUUGCCUUGACCCUAGCGUGGAAGUUAAAUCUGAAGAGCUGGUAGAUCUAUUAAGCUCUUUAGCUGUUUUAGUUCCUAUGGAGGAGACAUCAGCUGAUGGCAUGACCUUUACAGCUCGUCUCUUGGAUGUUGGAAUGAGGAAAGUUUAUAAUCUCAAUAGACAAAUUGCCAUUGAUAAACUUCUCCUUGUUCUUAAGGCUUUGCAAGAUAUUUUUGGAUCUGGAUUCGAAGAAGCUAAAUUUGCUGCAACUGAGGCAAUGAAGAACCUUAUCCAAGCUUGUGUUGAUGAAGACCUCAUAAAACAAGGCAUUGACCAAGUACAAAAUAAUUCACACCUCAACAAUCGGAAAUCUGCACCGUCUACUAUUGAGAAAAUAUGUGCCACUAUUGGGACAUUGCUGGACAAUAGAUAUUGUAGUGAGUGGGAUAUGGCCUUUCAGGUUGUCUCUUUGAUGUUUGACAAAUUAGGUGAACAUUCUUCUGUCCUUUUAAGGAGCACCUUGGAGGGCUUGGCAAACAUUGAAAAGGAAAGUGGCGAAGAUUUCUCAGAGAGGAAACAGCUGCAUGAUUGCAUUGGAUCAGCUCUUGGAGCAAUGGGGCCUGAAAUAUUUUUGAGAAUUCUUCCACUGAAAUUGGAAGCUGAUAAUUUAUCCGAGAUAAAUGAUUGGCUUUUUCCAAUUCUAAAACAGUAUGUUGUGGGUGCAAGUUUGAGGUUCUAUGUUGAGUCUUUUCUGGGUAUUAUUGGAAAUCUUAAACAGAAAUCUCACAAGCUUAAACUUGAGGGGCAAGUUCAGUCAUCAAGAUAUGCUGACAGGAUGGUGUACCAAGUCUGGUCCUUGUUGCCUUCAUUUUGCAACUAUCCAUCGGACACUGCUAAAAGCUUCAAACUUCUUCAGAAAGUAUUGUGCAAUGUUCUGAGUGAAGAACCUGAUCUUCAUGGAAUUGUUUGUUCCAGUUUGCAAAUCCUCAUUCAGCAAAACAAGUGCAUUGUUGAAGGAAAAAAUUAUUUACCCAGUGAUAAAUUAAAUCUUUCCACCGAGAGAGCAAUUUCUCGUUAUAGUGAAGAGGUAGCUUCUACUAAUUUGAAUGUGCUCAAGUCUUCUGCCAGUGAUUUUUUGUCAGUUUUAUCCAAAGUUUUCCUGAAAUCUACAAACGAUCCUGGAGGAAGUUUGCAGACUAGUAUUGGUGAAUUUGCUUCGAUAGCAGGCCAGGAUGUCGUCUCAAGUUUAUUUAAGAAUAAAAUGAGACGACUUUUGAAGGUUACCAUGAGUGCUAAUCAAGCAGAGAACAGUAGUAAUUCGAUGCAGAUUGACACUUCAGUCAAUUCUAAUUCGCUUUCUCGUGAGAGAGCGCAGCUUUUUGAUUUGGCAGUUUCACUUUUGCCUGGUUUGGGGCCUCAGGAGACUGAUGUCCUUUUUACUGCAAUAAUUCCAGCAUUAAAGGAUGUAGAUGGCUUGAUCCAAAAGAAAGCUUACAAAGUUCUUUCAAUAAUCCUCAAGAAUUCUGAUGGUUUUAUUUCAAGAAAGCUUGAAGAGCUUCUGAAGUUGAUGAUCGAAGUGCUGCCUUCAUGCCAUUUCUCAGCUAAACGUCAUAGGCUUCACUGCUUGUAUUUCCUUAUUGUCCAUGUGGCCGAGGACGGAGCAGAGCAUAAAAGGGGUGAAAUUAUCAGUUCAUUCUUAACAGAAAUUGUACUUGCUCUGAAGGAGGUAAACAAGAAAACCAGAAAUAAGGCUUAUGAUAUUCUUGUCCAAAUUGGUCAUGCUUGCGGAGACGAGGAGAGCGGUGGGAAAAAAGAGAACUUACUUCAGUUCUUCAAUUUGAUAGCUGGAGGCCUUGCUGGUGAGACUCCUCAUAUGAUCAGUGCUGCUGUGAAAGGAUUGGCUCGGUUGGCUUAUGAAUUCUCUGAUCUUCUUUCUAGUGCAUACAGUGUGCUUCCCUCUUCAUUUCUUCUUCUACAAAGGAAGAAUAGAGAAAUCGUUAAGGCCAAUUUAGGUCUACUUAAGGUUUUAGUUGCAAAAUCACAAGCUGAGAUCCUGCAAAACCACCUGAAACUUCUAGUUGAAGGCCUUCUGAAGUGGCAGGAUGAUACUAAGAAUCAUUUCAAAGCUAAGGUUAAAAAUCUUUUGGAGAUGCUUGUUAAGAAAUGUGGCAUUGACUCUGUUAAGGCUGUAAUGCCUGAAGAACACAUGAAACUCCUCACUAAUAUCCGUAAGAUAAAGGAACGGAGAGAGAGGAAAAUUGCAGCCAAUUCCGAGACGAGAUCCUAUCAUUCAAAAGCAACCAUGUCCAGACAAAGUGAAUGGGGUCACACAAAGAUAUUCUCAGACUUUGAUGAAGAAACAAGUGAUGGAGAUGACAUGGAUGCAGAGACAUCUUUUGGUCGAAGGAGCAAAUUAUCUUCAAAGUUAAAUUCUAAAGCACCUUCCUUAAGGUCAAAGAAAACAAGGUCUGCAAGAACCUUAUUGGAAGACUCUCUUGAUCAGUUAGAAAAUGAACCUCUUGAUCUUCUAGAUCAGCAAAAAACCAGGUUAGCCCUUCGUUCAGGCGGGAAUUUAAAAAGGAAGCAUGAUUCAGAUGACGAGCCAGAAUUCGAUGAAGAUGGAAGACUAGUAGUGCAUGAAGGAGGAAGACCAAAGAAAGACAAAUCGUAUGAUCAUGAAUCUGAUGAAGAUAAAUCCGAAAUCCGUAGUUAUGCCUCUACAAACUCAAAGAAAGCCCAGAAGCGCAGAAAAACAUCCGAUUCUGGUUGGGCUUAUACAGGAAAGGAAUAUGCUAGUAAGAAGGCUCGUGGGGAUGUGAAAAAGAAGGGAAAACUUGAGCCAUAUGCAUACUGGCCUUUAGAUCGUAAAAUGCUGAGCCGUAGACCUGAGCAUCGAGCUGCUGCAAGAAAGGGUAUGUCUAGUGUGGUAAAGUUGACAAAGAAGCUUGAAGGAAGGAGUGUCGCGAGUGCACUUUCUGUGAGGAGCAAGAUGAAAAAGGCUCACAAAAAGAAAUAAAAGGAUUUUACGUAUUCAGUCUGAAGCGUGUGCGUUCUCAAGAGAACGCUUAUUCGAGAUUUUGAUUAUUGUUCUUUUUGAUUUAUUAUAGGGAAAAUAUAGGAGGUUGACAAAGAAAAAAAUUACCCUUUGUUGUACGCUAAUGUAAUUGAUUUUACAAUUUUGAAAGAAAAGGAUGCAUUUUAUUUUAGAAAUUAUGUCAUGAGCUGUGGUGUAUUUAAUGAUAUAAACCGAAUGAAUAUUCUUUCUCCUUUUCUUGAA